UUUUCUUAAUUCAGCCAGAGAAAAAAAAAAUAUCUUCUCUAUCCUUCUUCCUCUCCAUUUCUCAUAAUUUCGUUUCUCUCAACUAAAAUAAAAAUGUUGUCGUCUUUAUUUCCUCUCCGUUUAAAUCCUCCUCCUCGACUCUCUAUCCGCAAAUCCAAACAACAUUCUCUCUCUCCUAAUUUACAUUCCUCACUCUCUCUCUCUAACUCACAUCUCUGCCGCUUCUCUUCCUCACUCCCAAACACUCCUCCAAACGCCGACGACGAGUUUCUCUGGCGUCGCGAAGAGCAGCGGUGGAUCCGAGAGGAGCAGCGGUGGCUCCGAGAAGAGCAGCGCUGGUUACGCGAGCGCGAGGCUCUGAUUAACGAGAUUGAGUCGCUAAAGCUACAAAAUCAAGCGUUAGAGCAACGGAUUUCAGUUCAGGACGUCGAGUUAGUACCUGAGACGGUUUCGAAGAACGUUUUGGCUUUGUUGCAGGUUUUGAAUGAGAAAAAUAUGAUUGCGGAUAGCGUAUCGAGUCCGAAUCAGAGUCCGAGUCCGAGUGCGAAUCCGAAUCCGACUCCGACUCCGACUCCGAGUUCGACAGUGUUAGAGGAUGAGGUUGAGGAUGUGAAGGAAGUGAUUAAUGUUUCAGAGAGAAAAAAGAAUAGGACAACGUUGAGAAUAGGAAGCGAAGGAGAUGAUGUGCGAGAGUUGCAGGAAGCAUUAUUAAAAUUGGGGUUUUACUCAGGCGAGGAAGACAUGGAAUUUUCCAGCUUCGCAGGCGGAACAGAGCGUGCUGUGAAGACGUGGCAAGCGAGCAUAGGUGCCUCAGAAGAUGGGAUAAUGACUAUACAACUCCUUAAGAGGUUAUUUAUGGAGCAGGAAACUGAGGAUACCGGAACAAAUUUUGGUAUAGCAAAGAUGGAAGGUGCCAAUGGAGCUGCAGUUGCUUCUGUGACAAAUUUAUCAGAGAUACCACAGAAAAUUGUGAGAAAAGAAGGUCUAACUGAAUCUAAGGCAUCUGAACACCGAGUAUUUCUCCUAGGGGAGAAUCGGUGGGAGGAUCCCUCUAGACUCAUUGGCAAAGACAAAAAGCUUGGUGCAAGUAAACAGAAGGAUUUUGUGACAAGGUGCCUUUCUUGCAACGGGGCGGGCCGUCUAAUGUGCACAGAAUGUGAUGGCUCAGGCGAACCAAAUGUUGAACCUCAGUUUUUGGAAUGGGUAGGUGAGGAAACAAAGUGUCCAUACUGUGAAGGCCUUGGAUACACAAUUUGCGAUCUAUGUGAAGGGAAAACUGUCGUCUAGAUUUGUCUUUGGUUUACUGGCGGCAUUAACACGCCUCGUGAGUGACCGCAUGGUCACAAAUUCCUCAGCAGCAGAAGGAUGAAUACCCACCUGUUGCAAAAGAGAACACUUUUCAUGUAAUUCACGAGAGCUUUACUCAUGCUUUGUUCAUUACAGAGCUCUGUAGAAGAAAUGCUUACUGUGUUGUCGAACUGAGCCUUUGUUGCUCCACAUUUUAAUGCAAUAGCCAUUCCCUGCAA